CGUCGACAAUCAGUCAGCUUCACCGCCAUGCCACCCGGCGUUUUAGCCAAUGACAGUCGUAACAAUUCCACCGAUGACAUACAAAUCGCUUUAGCACCCCACAUACAAACCUAUUUAAGUCAAACGGGUCGUCGUCAUUCCUGCUGCAGCGUCAUGUUACCCGUCGCAUUUGAACGUGCCGCCUCCAAUUCAUGGCUGGAUCCGAAAUUCGAUUCGGCCGUACUGGAGGGACAAUUUCAGACCAGUGUGUUUUCACAUAUACGAAUGAGAUAUCGAUUUGCCCUCUCCUAUAUUCUACUCUGUUCGCUGGCAUGGUUCCUGUAUUUCCUUGUCGAUGGUGGUUCCGAAGAUUUUUGGCGUCCUAUAUCAAGUUCCUUUUCACUGCUAUCGCUAAUAACAAUCAUGGCCAUGUGUUUUACCCACUGGGAUAUGUAUCGGGCAAAUCAUGUUGUUACAUCAGCCCUCACCGCCGCACUACUGUGUGCCACCUCCUUAGCAUUUCUUACCUAUACGGGAAGGGCUUUUAGUCCCCUGGGACAUUUUGCCAUAUGUCUGGAAAUUGUCCUGCUCAUCUAUACCGCCUUGCCAAUGACACUGUGGCUUAGCGCCCUAAUAGCCAUAACCUACACCGUACUCUUCGAAGUGGUAACCCACAUUGUGGUGGCCGGAAAUGCUGUACAUGGAGCUCAAGAAGAUUUUAGUUAUAAAAUUCUCGUCCUACGAAUUCUAUGCCAUUUUUGUGUCCACCUGGUGGGCUUACAUGUAUUGGUAAUGAAUUUAGUUCGUAUGCGUGGUACAUUUAUGAAGGUCGGUCAGAAUCUCCUAGUCAGACGGCAGUUGGAAAUGGAGAAGCAAUUGAAGGAGAAAAUGAUACAUUCCGUUAUGCCACCCAAGGUGGCGGAUAUGCUGCUCAACGAAGGUGGCAUUGAUGGUAACAACGAUGGCAGUAUAAAGCCGGAAUCCCACUAUAUGCGACCAAGACCCUCCAAUGAUGUCAAAUCGUUAUUUCGUCCCUUCCAUAUGCAUAGCAUGGAUAAUGUCAGUAUCCUCUUCGCUGAUAUUGUCGGUUUCACUCGGAUGUCUUCGACAAAAACCGCCGAGCAAUUGGUGGAAAUUCUCAAUGAUCUCUUUGAACGUUUCGAUAGCCUGUGCACCUUUAAUGGUUGCGAAAAAAUCUCCACAUUGGGUGAUUGUUAUUAUUGUGUAUCGGGGUGUCCAGAACCCCGACCGGAUCAUGCGAUAUGUUGUGUAGAGAUGGGUUUAGGUAUGAUUGACGCUAUGCGAACAUUUGAUGCUCAACGACAUGAAGGUGUUAAGAUGCGAGUUGGUGUCCACACCGGCACCGUCUUGUGUGGUAUUGUCGGAACGCGUCGGGUUAAAUUCGAUGUUUGGAGUAAUGAUGUGUCCUUGGCAAAUAAAAUGGAAUCAACAGGUAAACCCGAGCAGGUUCAUAUAUCCGAGGUAACGGCCAGUUUUCUGGGAGAAGCUUACUAUCUGGAUGAAGGGGAAGAGGUCUUUGGACAUCGAACCUACUUUGUGGUGGGCCGCAGAAAAGAUAUCUCCCGCACGAAUAGCAUUUGCCCCAGCAUUCAUGUCAACUCGAACGGCAGCCAUCUCAUGUUACCCGGCAUACAGGGACAAACCGGAUCUCUAUCACACAGUGCUACCAAUAUAUCGGUAAUACAUCCAAAUGUACCACCCGCAUCACCGGUGGGUCAGCUGUCAUCCUCCCUCAAUCCUUCACCAGUCCUUUCGAUACGACCAAGACUGACAUCGUUGAGUAUGAAGUUGCGUAAAAAAUCACAAUCACGCGAAUGUGAUAUCGAACGUGGUAUCAUUCAUCCCGCUGCAGCGGGUAUACCACCCGUCAUAGUGUGCCGUGAAAGACCAAAGAUUAUUAUUACAACAAAAAGUCUACCGGGUAGUUUAGAUUCGGAAAAUGAUCCAAAUGAGGUGGGUAACGAGGAGAUUUUGCCCACGGCCAAUGGAAAAUCAAGGCAUUUGACCAAUGGUUCCUCGGCAGCUGCGGCACGACCGAAGAUACGCCUGAAGGUAUGGAAAGUGCCGAGAUUUUUAAAGAAAUUCGAAGAGAAAACGAAAAUGCAGGAUAAGUCUACCAGUACCGAUGUUAGUAUUAGUUUAAUGAGUAAUGGACCAAAGACGCCAACAACGGCAACGGCGGCGGGAUCGAAUGAAGAAUCGGUGGCCUUUAUCGAACCAAAUGGCUAUCAACAGCUACCGGUGGUAAUUGAAAAUACCAAAUCGAAUCCGAACAUGUUGGAGAUACCACAAAAACCCAUGCUACAUCAUGUGGCCACCUCAACG